AUUACAAGCGUCCAAAGCACAAUCUUUUGCGUAUAGGUUACUGACAUCUACAUCCAACCCUUUUGAUACCCAUCUUCCUAAUCCUCCCCUCCCCAAACCCGAGACUGAUUUUCAUGUACGGUGAAUCUUGAAUGGCGGAUCAAGAGGUCGUAGUCACUGCUGCACCAGGUCACGUCCCCUCCGAUCAUAAGCGGAAGCUUGAAGAUAUCGAGCCCCAAGCCCCACCUGACGACAUGCCUCUCGGUUCUGAUGCGGAGGACAAUGAUGUAGCGGCAUCUGGUUCGUCCGAGACGAAGCGGUCUAAGCUGGUCAAUGAUGAAACCGACGGCUUGGCUAAUUGGAAUGGAUUCGAAGCUGAGAAGUUGGAUGAACCUGGAAAGCAGGAAGAUGAGCCAUUGCCACAAAAUGAGUUUAAAAAGCAAUCAGAGGAUGGCAAUGCUCCAUCAGAGGGGGCUCAAACUACCGUAAAACAUAUAUCAGUUGAAGGAACAACUGAGGAAACUGAGCAACAAUCUAUAGAUAAUCAUGAGGCUAGUGAUGCUGAGUUAGGUAAAGUUGAGAGUUUUGAGGCAUAUAAUGGUCAUGAACCACUUAUUAAAGACGAGAGUGAGCAACAAUUUACAGGUAAUCUUGAGACUACUGAUGGUGACUUGGGUAAAGUUGAGAGUUUCGAGGCAGAUGGUGGUCAGGAACCACCUUCUAAAGAGGAAAGCAACCAACCUUCUGAUGAGGUGCCUCCGCAGAAUGGUGAUGAUGGUUCAACUAUUACUCGCAAAAUGGAGGUUCCUAAAGCUAAGGUUGGUGUUCUCAUUGGCAAAGCAGGGGAUACUAUAAGGUAUCUGCAAUAUAACUCGGGUGCAAAAAUUCAAAUUACAAAGGAUGCAGAUGCUGAUCGUGAUGCCCCAACAAGGCCUGUAGAAAUAAUAGGGAGUUUGGCUAGUGUAAUAAAAGCUGAGACACUUAUAAAUGCUGUCAUAGAAGAGGCCGACACUGGGGGUUCCCCCUCACUUGUAGCUAGAGGCCUUGCCACCACACAGGCAGCUGGAGCUGCUGAUCAGAUUGAGAUACAAGUACCAAAUGAGAAGGUUAGGUUUAUCAUUGGUAGAGGUGGGGAAACUAUCAGAGGACUGCAGACUAGGUCAGGGGCUCGCAUUCAGUUGAUACCUCAACAUCUCCCCGAAGGGGAUGAAUCAAAAGAAAGGAUAGUUAGAGUGACUGGUGAUAAGAGGCAAAUUGAGAUUGCCAGAGAAAUGAUAAAAGAUGUCAUGAAUCAGAAUGCCAGGUCAUCAUCUCUUUCUGGUGGUUUCAAUCAGCUGGGCAAUCGACCUCGGGGAACCACUGGUCCACCUCAGUGGGGUUCCCGCAGCCGUCCUGCCCAGAUGCCAUCAUAUGAUUUUCAGCAAAGGAGACCAUAUCCACCUCAAAACUCACAUUAUCAACCUCCUUAUGGUGGCUACCCUCAUCAAAUGGCUCCGAGAAGCAAUUUUGGUUCUAGCUGGGUGCAGAGGCCUCAUAGCUUGCAGGGACCUCCACAUAGUGGAGGUUAUGAUUACUAUAGUAGGCAAGGAAGUGUCCCAGCACCACAUUUGGCUUCAAUUCGUGGGCAUGGACCUGGGCCAACACAUGCUCCAGCUAUGGGGCUAGUGUCAUCUCAAUCAAAUUACAAUCAUGGACAGCCUCAUGGUCCAUCAGACUAUGCACAUCCGCCUCCAUAUUCACAUGCUGCUCCUCUUCAGCAUAGCUAUGGACAUGGAUAUGGAGAGAAGUUUGAAAGUCAUACCCCGGUUCAUCAUCCUUAUGGAGGACAUGGAUCUUCUCAGCAAGGAUAUGCACAUUCAGGUCCUCAACCUGUGUAUGGCCCUCCACAGCAGCAGUAUGUUAAGACACCAUCUGCAAUGCAGCAGCCACUGAUACCCCAAGCAUAUGGUCCUCCGGCUAAUCAACCUGGAGAAGUUCCAUAUGAAGGUCCAAGUGGCCAGUCAUAUGGUCCUAAUGUUCCUCCUCAGCAGCAAUACCCAUAUGCAAGUGGGCCCAUGCAACAAAGUUAUCCUCCAUAUGGCUCCGCACCACCCAGUAACUGGUAUAAUCAGAUACCACCAAUGACCGGCCAGCCCCUGGCAUAUUCACAACAAGGCGGCCAGCCUGUUCCUGGUUACAGCCAGCCUUCUGCUCAGCAAGCAACUGCUUAUGCACACCCAAAUUCUGCUGCUGGGUACGGCCAAUAUCCUCCACCUUCACAGCAGGGUUAUUCUGAACAAACAGCUCCGAACACAGCUUAUGGUUUACAAGGGACGCAGGACUCUAGUUAUGGUGCUGGCGCUGUGACAACAUAUGGUGCGGCACCAGGUGGGCAAGCAACUUACCCUUACUCAACAGCAGCUCAGGCCACCUAUAUGAUCAGUCUGGUGGAUAUGCAGUGCACCUGUAGCAUAUUGAAAAACCAUUAUCACCACAGCCUGGAUUCCCUCUGUAUGAUUCGACCCAGAUGUAUGCAGCACCACGCUGCACUUAUCCUCCUCUAGUCGUGUUGGUGAUGUAAUGUAAGUCCAUAUUAAUCUAUCUGGUGAUGUUAACCGUGUUUCUGAGGCCUUUUAGUUCGCCAGUUUCUUAUUAUUAGCUUCUUUCUAGUAGCCGUAUCAGUCCUUUGGAUAAUAUUGCCAUUUUAAACCUUCUUUAUUUUUUGUUGUGGUCUCGGUGUGUUACUCUGCUCAAUUCACUAUACUUCCUCCCACCAUAGGACAUUGAUUAGAGUCAUCUCUGAUCUGCGCCUUAGUUUCAAGGU